AUGAUGAACCGAAAUUUUAUUUUUGUAUUCGUUUUAUUGGUCAUGCUUUCCAUAGUUAAUGCUAUUCCACAUCAACUUCAUAAAAGAACUACUGAUUUUAGAGAAUGCACUUUCCCCCCUGGAUAUCCCACUCCAGACCUACUCACUGUAACAAUUUCACCUGAUCCUGUCGUCCCUGGAAAAAACGACAAUUUUACUGUUAAUGGAAAACUAACGCAACUCAUUACCUCAAGUGACAGGCUUAAUUUUGUCUUUUCUACCGAUAAUGGCGGUCCCUUUACUACGCAAAUUCCAACUGGAACCACAGUUAAUGUAACAGUGGAUGUUCCGGUGCCAUCCCCAUUACCUUCAAUUUACGGUAUUGCAGUUAGUAUUGGCGACCUAUCUGUUCAACCACUGAAUGUUAAAGCCUGUGCAUUAGCUGUUGUUGGCGGUCAAUAG